UGUGCAUAAACGGAUUCGAGUGUGACUCAACAAGAUGCAUUCCCGUCGAUUGGCGCUGCGAUGGUCAUGUUGAUUGUGCCGAUCAAAGUGAUGAGAUUGGAUGUGGCGAGUGUGAGUCUUCUCAAACAGCAUCGCCGAAUGGUAAAAAGGGCAAGAAGAACGUUAAUAAGAAUUCCUUAACCAAACCAACGCUGCAUUGUGGCGAACGCAGAUGCAUGUCUUCUUCUCACGUUUGUGACGGUGUAAUGGAUUGUCCCUGGGGUCAAGACGAGCGCAAUUGUUUGAAGCUUAGCGAGAGAAAUGGAGACAUCGGGAGAGGAAGCCUCGAAGUGUAUCAUGCAGAAAAGGGAAAAUUUUUGCCAGCUUGUAUUACUCACUGGGAAUCGACCUUAGCGCAUACUGUCUGUUCCCUUCUGGGUUACAGGAUUGCAGACUCAUCGUCGCUCUGGACACGGGCCAGCAAUGGUACUGUUGUAGAAUCGCAGGUCGAGACUUCGCAGCAAUGGAGACUGGCACAAAAAUCACAAAUCAAUCUGUUGAAGGAAUUCCAGGAAUGUGAGGAUCCGACAGAACACUCGACAGUCGAACUAACUUGUUCCGAAUACU